AUGGAGAAGAAGGGCACAAGGUGGUCGUUUAAGAGGUUGAGCAAGGAGUUGUGGCCACGGAGGUUGUCGUCGUCGUUUCGAGGAAAACGACACCACUUACACACGACCAUCGUGGACACUGUGGUUUUCAAGAUUGUCUCUGUGGUGGAGGGUGUUGUGAUUGUUUCCACGCUUUGCGUGUUCUACCUUUGCUGUGGUUGCCACCUUUGA